AAAGCGACGCUGGUUCAACGGAGGGACGAAAAGUCGGGAAGGAGAACGGUAUGGACUCUCCAGGCAGAAGUCGAAGUCCCAGUCCUGCGCAGAGAAAACAUAGUGGAACUUCAGAGGACGAGUCCAGUCCAGCAGCAGAAAGACCCCAAAAGGCUGGCUCGGUAGAGAGAAGCCCGAAAGAGGGAGCGUCCCCUCAGGCCAGUCCUGCAGGCCGCAGCCCCUCCAGGAGCCCCGCCUCUAGCAGCUCAGACAGCAGCAGCAGCAGUGAUGAUGAGGAUGAACAUAAUGGGGCACUGAGGAAGAUUAGGAGCAGCGUGGCCCAGAUCAAAAGGUCCAGGUCCAGGUCCAGGUCCAGAGAGAGAUCCAGGUCCAGAGAGAGGGACAGAUCCCGAGGAAGAGAAAGAUCAAGGUCCAGAGGAAGAGACAGAUCCCGGUCCAGGGGAAGAGACAGAUCCCGGUCCAGAGGACGAGACAGGUCCAGGUCCCGGGGACGAGACAGAUCCAGAUCCAGAGAGAGAGAGCGUGACCGGGAGCGCUACGACAGAGGACGAUAUGCUAGAGAUCGCUAUGACGAUCGCCGUGACAACAGGAACGGGCGUUUUGACCGGCGGAGCAAUCGGGAUGCAGAGUUUGAUCACAGGAGACGUGGCCGCUCCGCCUCCUCGCCGAGAGAAGGAGAGCCGGCGGUGGCCAACGAGCCGCCGGUCAAGAAGAAGAAGGAGGAGCUCGACCCGAUCCUGACGAGAACCGGUGGAGCUUACAUCCCCCCCGCCAAGCUACGCAUGAUGCAGCAGCAAAUCACUGACAAGAGCAGCCUGGCCUAUCAGAGGAUGAGCUGGGAGGCCCUGAAGAAGUCCAUCAACGGUUUGAUCAACAAAGUCAACGUGUCCAACAUUGUCAACAUCAUCCAGGAGCUGCUGCAGGAGAACAUCGUCAGGGGGAGGGGUCUGCUGGCUCGCUCAGUGCUCCAGGCUCAGGCAGCGUCUCCGAUUUUCACUCACGUUUAUGCUGCCGUCGUUGCCAUUAUCAACUCCAAGUUCCCCCAGAUUGGAGAACUGAUCCUCAAGCGUCUCAUCCUGGCCUUCAGGAGGAGCUACCGCCGCAACCUCAAGCAACAGUGCCUGACAGCCUCAAAGUUUGUGGCUCACCUCAUCAACCAGAACGUGGCCCAUGAGGUUUUGUGUCUGGAGAUGCUCACUCUGCUGCUGGAGCGACCGACUGACGACAGUGUGGAGGUCUCCAUUGCCUUCCUGAAGGAGUGUGGCCUCAAACUGACCGAAGUCUCCCCUCGAGGAAUCAACGCCAUAUUUGAGCGUCUCAGGAACGUCCUCCACGAGUCGGCCAUCGAUAAGAGGGUCCAGUACAUGAUUGAAGUGAUGUUUGCCAUCAGGAAGGACGGUUUCAAAGAUCAUCCGGUGAUCCCAGAAGGCCUGGACCUGGUGGACGAGGAUGACCAGUUCACCCACAUGCUGCCGCUGGACGAUGAGUACAACACUGAGGACAUCCUCAAUGUGUUUAAGAUGGACCCAGACUUCCUGGAGAAUGAGGAGAAAUACAAAACCAUUAAAAAAGAUAUCCUGGACGAGGGCAGCAGCGAUUCAGGGGAGGAGGGAGACGGCAGCGACGAAGAUGAAGAGGAUGAAGAUGAGAAUGAGGAGGGGGGAGAAGAUGAGAAGGUCACCAUCUUUGAUAAGACAGAAGUCAACCUGGUUGCUUUCAGAAGAACCAUCUACCUCGCAAUACAGUCCAGUUUGGACUUUGAGGAGUGUGCUCAUAAACUGAUCAAGAUGGACUUUCCUGACAGCCAGACGAAGGAGCUGUGUAACAUGAUCCUGGACUGCUGCGCUCAACAGAGGACCUACGAAAAGUUCUUUGGUCUGCUGGCCGGGAGAUUCUGUCUGCUGAAGAAGGAGUACAUGGAGAGUUUUGAGGGGAUUUUUGCGGAGCAGUACGACACAAUUCACCGACUGGAGACCAACAAACUGAGGAACGUGGCCCGACUGUUCGCUCACCUGCUGUACACGGACUCUGUCCCUUGGAGUGUGUUGGAGUGCAUCAGGAUGAGUGAGGAGACUACAACGUCGUCCAGCAGGAUCUUUGUGAAGAUCCUUUUCCAGGAGCUCUGUGCCUACUUGGGCCUCCCCAAACUCAACCAGAGGCUGAAAGACCAGACUCUGCAGCCGUUCUUUGAAGGUCUGUUUCCUCGUGAUAAUCCCAGAAACACUCGCUUCGCCAUCAACUUCUUCACCUCUAUUGGACUGGGAGGACUGACGGACGAGUUGAGGGAACAUUUGAAGAACGCUCCAAAGAUGAUCAUGACUCAGAACCAAGAAGUGGAAUCCUCUGACUCAUCCUCGUCCUCUUCAUCCUCCUCUUCCUCAUCUGACUCCUCCUCCUCGGACUCCUCCAGCGAAUCAGAUUCAGACUCCUCAGACUCUGACUCCUCCAGCAGCAGCAGCUCAGACUCGGACAACAAACACAGGAAGAAGAAGAAGAGAAAACAACAAAGUGAGGAGAAGAAGAAGAAGAAAGAGAAGGACAAGAAGAAGAAGAAGAAGGAGGACAAACCAACUGAUAAGAAGCAAACCAGACACAGGAGCGACAAAGACGGGGAGGAUGACAGUGACGACGAGAAGCAGGCGAGGAAGGACAGGAAAGGCCAUGCACGUGAGUCGGAGGAGCGCGAGCGCGCACGUGAGGGCGCCCGUCGGAACAGACGAGAUGAAAGAGCAGAAGAAGAAGAAGAACAGCGGAAAGAGGAGGAGAGGAGACGAAAAAUGGACGUUCAAGGCAGGCAAAGGGAUGGAGAG